CCGGCGCGCGCCCAGGGCGGCAGCGCGCGGCGGGAGGCCGCUGGGUGCGCGUCGCCCCUAGUGGACGCCGCCGCGGUCGCCAUGCAGCUGACUGUGAAGGCGCUCCAAGGCCGCGAGUGCAGUCUGCAGGUGCCCGAGGAUGAGUUGGUGGCCACGGUGAAGCAACUGGUCUCCGAGAAGCUAAAUGUCCCUGUGCGCCAGCAGCGGCUGCUGUUCAAGGGCAAGGCCCUAGCAGAUAGGAAACGACUGUCAGAUUACAGCAUCGGGCCCAAUUCCAAGCUCAACCUGGUGGUGAAACCUCUGGAGAAGGUGCUACUGGAAGAAGGGGCUGCCCGGACUGGGGCUGAGCCCCCACCUGCACCUGUCUGGCAGCUGGUCUCUAAAAUCCUGGCCCAUCACUUCAGUGCCGCAGAUGCCAGCAGAGUCCUGGAACAACUCCAGAGGGAUUAUGACAGGUCCUUGAGCCGCCUAACGCUGGAUGACAUUGAACGCUUGGCCAGCCACUUCCUGCACCCUGAAGGGACUGAGGCGCUAGAGAAGGGGUUCUCCAAAUAGCAUUCCCGGAUGUCAGGGAGGAGCCCGAGGCCAGACUACAGCUGCAUGUUGCAUUAAAUGUGUUCUCAUGUUGCAGUUGGCUCCUGAUAAUAACAGCUGGUGCGGGUGUCUGGCACCCCUCACGCCCCUUCGACCUGGUUCUCUCCCACCCUGCAGCAGAGGUGAGAUGGGAUGGCAAAGGGGCCCAGCAGUGACAUGAAGUGCCUGGCAUGAGGAGGAGCAGUGCCCUGUGGGCAGGGGGGGUGGGCUUCAGCACGCUGCCAUGACUACACCCUGCUUCACCCUCCCAGGCCUACAGGGAAACAGGUGGCCGCUGAUGCCCAGUGCAGUCUCCUGACCUCUGCUGCAUCUGUCAGAGCCAUUGGCAAACCUCCUCGGAGGCCAGGUGCCAGCCACCCUGUGUCCCCUUGGCCAUUGCAGUCCGUGUAGCAUGUCUUGAUGAAGGGGCAGUGAUCUAGGGGCUGGGGAGUCAGAAAGUCACACAGCCCUGUGGCAUGACUUGGAACAAGUGACUGUACCAUUUGGGUCAUCAACCAUAGAGUCUGUGCAGUGAGAGUCACUUCUCCAAAAUGAAUCCCUUUUUUUCCUCCCUCCCCGGCCCAGGGUGGAAAGUCUGCAGGGACCUUGGACCUUGUGUUCAGUGACAAACCGAAGCCAAAAGUGAAGCCAUAGCCAAGCAUGGGCUGGCCAGGGGGUGUCCCGGCCUUCGGGACCUGGCUUUUCUCUGGGCCCCUUGCUCAGCUUCUCCUCCUGGAAGUGGGUGCUUCUCACCUCUCUGGUAGGCAGAUGACUCUGCGAGACAGUGUGGUGCCUGGCACUUCCCCCGCCUUGUGUGUCCACUUAGCAGGCCCCUCACCGCCUUCAAGGGACACUGGGUGCUGGGAGGGGGCAGAAGUGUGAGAUGGAGGGCACGGGGGGCCAGUGCCAGUGCUCUCAUCAGCGCCAGGCCCUUAGAGCAGGCUGCACCUGCCUGCACCUUGGUGAGGCGUCUCUGGGUCCCCAUGCAGGGAAGGUGACAGGACAGACCUGCUGGGGAUAUCAUGCAGCAGGGAUCCACUGAAAUUGUGUAGCUCGUGAUGCUGUUGUUUCUUUGCAGUCAGGGAAUAUGCUCUGAGAAGAACAUGUGUUCUGAGAAGAACUGUGUGCAGGAAACUGAACCACAAAGAACUCUGUUAGUGAGGCUGCUUUUGGUUGCCAGUAAUUGGUUUCAAAACAAAGGAAACUUCUUGGUGACCCACAGCAGAUGAACAAUUUGACGAGAUUUCCAGUUUCUUCCACCUCCCUCUACUUUCUCCAGUUCCUGCUCAGUCCCAGGCCACCACCUCCAAGGAGCACUUGUUUCUGUAGCGUAGCUUCUGUCUCACACGACCCUGCAAAUAAACGCUAUCAUUUCACUGGUCA